GCCACACGCCGAAUUCUAAAAAAUAUCUCUUUCAGCUUACGCAGUUACGCUUUACGUUCUCUCUCUAAAAUCUAAGGAGCCAAACUCUCUCUCCAAGAAUGGCACCAAAGGCGGAGAAGAAGCCGGCUGAGAAGAAGCCCGCGGAAGAGAAGAAGACAGUGGCAGAGAAAGCUCCGGCGGAGAAGAAGCCGAAGGCCGGAAAGAAGCUACCAAAAGAUGGUGGCGCGGCGGCUGGAGACAAGAAAAAGAAGCGCGUGAAGAAGAGCACGGAGACAUACAAGAUCUACAUCUUUAAGGUCUUGAAGCAGGUCCACCCAGACAUCGGGAUCUCGAGCAAGGCAAUGGGUAUCAUGAACUCCUUUAUAAACGAUAUUUUCGAGAAGCUUGCACAGGAAGCGUCGAGGCUAGCGAGGUACAACAAGAAACCAACAAUUACUUCGAGGGAGAUCCAGACCGCUGUGAGAUUGGUGUUGCCUGGAGAGUUGGCAAAGCAUGCUGUGUCUGAGGGGACUAAGGCAGUGACCAAGUUCACUAGCUCUUGAAGCAGUGCAGGACUACAGGAGGCUCGUUUGUUUGUUGGUAGUGAAUUAGGGUUUCUUGUGUGUAUGUGUAGGGUUAGGUAAGGUAAUGGUUUAUUUUACUAUUUCUAGUGUUUUUUUUUUUUUUUUUGAAUUUGAUUUGGGUUUAUAGUUAAAGCUUGGAUCUUCUCGAUCCCCAUGUUUCUAUGUUAGAAUUGAAAUACAAAAGUCGCUUGAUUGUGUUUGUCAAAAUAGAUUUGUGAAUUUGAAGAAGAUGAGAGGGAUUUUGGGUUUGUGUAAAUUGACGAUUAUUUUGGUCAAGUUGAUUGUUGGCUUUUCUUGCUGA